AUGUUUUCAUAUGUUUCCGUAUAUAAUAAAAGAAAAAUAUGUGUUCUAAGACAAUCAAAAUCUACUCCAACUAAUAGAGACCUUGCUAUCAGUUUUAAAGUUCGUGAAAAUACUGUUUGUGACAUAUUGAAACGAAGGUCAGAAUAUCUUGCUAUUAAUCCAGAAGAUCCCAAUUCACAUAAUAAAC